GACAUUUGUGUUUGAAGUCUCGAGAGGGUUUUGCUUAAACCCCUCGUAGAAAUAAUAUGGCUUUGAGAUCGGCGGCGGCAGGUCAACGUAGCUUUCGCCGGUUCUUCUCAACAUCUCCGAUAUCUUCUUUCAUCCCUCCUUCGAUUGCGACUAAUGAGGCUCCGAAACGGGAGAUGGCUGAGCCCAGCACUAACCUCUUCGUCUCCGGGCUUAGCAAACGGACUACUACAGAAGGACUACGCGAAGCCUUUUCAAAGUUUGGUGAACUGGUUCAAGCAAGAGUAGUGACUGAUAGAGUCAAUGGAUACUCUAAGGGGUUCGGUUUUGUAAGAUAUGCCAAUUUAGAAGAUGCUGCAAAAGGCAUAGAAGGCAUGGAUGGAAAGUUUCUGGACGGCUGGGUGAUAUUUGCAGAGUAUGCAAGACCCAGGGAACCAAUGACCCCUCCGCCGGGGAACCCAUAUGGUAAUAACAUGUCUAAGCCAUAUGGACGCCAAUAACCUCCGAUGAUUCCACAGGAGCCCAGUUUCUAUUUUUAUUGUAGUUGCAUGAUUCGAUACAUUUUAUAACCUGCAGCUUGCUUAUAUUUGAUGACUAUGAAUGUUUGGUUGGUGUUUAUUGUUUUGUAAUUGAUCCACGUAUAAUAUUACAAAUUAUAAGUCUAUUUUUUCA